AUGCCCUCGCCUCGACUCUGUGGCGGACGACACACGUUGACGGUGCUGCUGCUGCUGGCGCUGGUGGUCUAUGGCGUCGAGUCGGUCAAGCCCCAGAAGAACAUCGACAAGAAGAGCACCAAGGUCACCAACCCUCACGCCCUGGCCCACAUGAACAACGAUCUGGAGGAGUUCUAUUCCAUGAUCGAGUUCGUCAAUCCUGGGAUUCUAGGCGAGCGAGAGAAAUUCAGGAAGGUGUUCGAGGAGCCGAUCAUGGCGGGCCGUCAGCCUGGAGCCACGGAGAAAGAAAAAGCUAUCGGGGAUGCCAGAUCAAAGAUGCUGUCGAGCCUCACAAGCAUCUUUAUCCUGCGGCGAACAGCCGACAUCUUGCGGAAGUAUCUGCCACCAAAAGUGGAGUACACAGUGUUCUGCCGACUGGCGCCACUGCAGAAGGCUAUCUACCGAGCCAUCGUUCGCGAGAAGAUGAAGGUCGCCCUUGAGACUGGGCGACGCGAUGACGCUUUGUCCUCCAUCACCAUGCUGAAGAAGCUUUGCAACCAUCCCUCCCUCGUGUACAGCAUGUGCCAGAAAAACCCAGAGGCGAACAAAGCCACCCUCGAGGCCUUCCCAGCUAAGUUUCAGGCGUUGGAGAGCAAUCCCCAGCUAUCUGGCAAGUUCCUUUUACUCGACAGCUUGCUGAAGGAGAUCAGGAAACGAACCAAAGAUCGCAUCGUGAUCGCGCACCUCUGCCGAUUCCGGUCGUGGGGCUACUUCCAGUUGGAUGGUGGCACUCCAGUCAAGCAAAGGCAGAACCUGGUGGACCAGUUCAACAAUCCUUUCGCUACCGAAUUCAUCUUCCUACUUUCGAGUAAGGCCGGCGGAGUGGGCCUCAACCUGAUCGGAGCGAACCGGCUCAUCCUCUUUGAUCCCGAUUGGAACCCGGCCAACGAUCUCCAGGCCAUGGCCAGAGUCCAUCGAGAUGGUCAAAAGAAAAAGGUCUUUGUGUACCGAUUCCUGGCCACCGGGACGAUAGAAGAAAAAAUCUACCAGAGGCAGAUCACCAAGCAGGGCCUGUCCAGCAGCGUCGUCGAUGCCAAAACCGAAACCAAAACACAAUUCACGCUGGAUGACCUCAGGGACUUGUUCAAGUAUCGGUCCAACACCCUCUGCGAAACGCACGAUCUCCUCGAUUGCAAGUGCUGCAUCACCAAAGUCGAGAAGGAGGAUGGAGAGGAGGAUGACGGCUUCAUCGAUGACGACGACGCGGACCAAAUCGAGCCAGGCUACAUCGUGCGGCGGGUAAAGAAGAAGGACUUUUCGGGAGAAGAGCUCGAGGGCUGGGACCACUACCCCUCCGUGGAGUAUGUCCAGGACGAAAUGCUGAAGCGCGCGGUGCAAGAGACGAUCACAUUCAUCUUCGCCAAGGAAAAUGAAGAACCAGGAGCCGCUGAAGCCACGGUUCCUGUGGAAGAGGAGGCCGUGGAGGAAGAGGAUGAGGAGGAGGAGGAGGACGAAGAAGCAGCAGAGGAGGAGGAGGAAGAAGAAGAGUAA